GUUUUCUUUUUUUUUUAAGAAAAUAAAAUGAAACUAUUUCUGCCAUUGAAGAAUUCCCAGGGAGGGAGCAAGCUCUAGCCUCUAGCUAUGGCUGCCUUGCAAGUUCUGAAAUCGGCCGUCUCUCCACUUUCGAUCUCCCAGCCGAAUUUUGGCUGCCGAUCAAGCCGCUUUCUCUCUCAGUCGGAUUCCACGAGGAGGUUUGUGCGGUUCCAUGGCCGUCGGAGGAGUUUGAGAUAUGGUUGCGUUUGUAGAAGGUUGAGUUUCCGCUGCGCUGCUCAGGAUGCUGAUAAGGAAAGCAAUGGAGAAGAACCUCCGGAAUCAUUAUUCAUGAAGGAACUGAAGAAGAGAGGUUUAACUCCCACUUCCUUGCUUGAGGAUAGUAACAGCAAUGACUUCGGACUUGGUGGUGAGAUGACGGGAGAAGGAAGAGAUUUCUCCAGUAGAAGUGCUGUUUCAACUGAAGUUAACAAGAGCCUGUCCAAUCAAAGGGAGCGUUCCAUGCAAUUGAACAGUGAAGGCCUUGAGGGGUUGAUCCCUCGUGCCAAACUUUUGCUAACAAUUGGGGGAACAUUCUUCUUAGGAUUCUGGCCGUUGAUCGUCAUCACUGUUUCAUUCUUUUUUGCUUUAUACUUCUUUUUUGGACCGUCUUUUGUUCAUAAUGGCGAAACGCCAAUAUCUCCUCCACCAUAUGUUGAUCCAUAUGCUCUGUUAGAAGACGAGAGAAUUUCGCAAACAGCUCCUCGUGUAAAUUGACUGCCUCAUUCUCAUUGGUUGGUUUUCCUGCUACUUUGUUUUCCUUUUACAAUAUGUAAAUGAUUAUUAGCUAGAAUUUACUUGUUUAAUUUACUAUUUUCACCCAUGAUCCUGUUCUUGUUUCCUUUUUAAAAGAUUAAGAAAAAAAAAUAACAGAAAUAUGUUUGGGGCUGUUUCUUGUUCCCGUGGAUACAAUUUUCGGGACAACUGUCUGACCCUACAACGUGGCCAUCAUGGGAUUUGAAUAUAUUUUUAUUUAUGUUUUGAAAA